AUGAAUUUUUGUAGUAAUUGGAGGCCGUUCGCAGUAAUUCCCUUCUAUGUUGUGGCACCAAUUCCGCUUCUAUUGGUUUCCAAUUCUGAGACUGAUAGUGAAAGUGUCGGAUUUAGCUUCAUGAUAUUACUUCAUACAAUCCUUGUUACCUCAUGUUUUGCUCUUCCGAUUGUUAUGGCUCAUGCACCGCUCGGAACAUCUCUGAUCAAUUGGGGUGCUUGUGGUCUGACUUUGACAGGAAAUGUGAUCGUUUUUGGUUCUCUUUAUCUUGUUGCACGAUUGAGCAGUCAAGCCUCAUGA